UCACACUCUGCGCAUGAAUUUGCACUUGUAUUUGCUUUGCCGUCAAGCACAAUGUCGAUGAUCACAGCAACCACCUGGGUGCCCCGAGGGUUUGCGGCGCCCUUUCCAUCCAAGUACGUCUUUGACGAGGACGAGUAUGAUCGCAUAUCGAAGCUCGCAAAACUUCAACUAGAUGACGCCAAGGAGGAUCUAGAAGAAGCCCGAAACGAGAAGAAACAGAAAAGCCAUGGCAGUUCGAGUAGCACAGCCAAUGUCAAGAGUGCAGGAGAAAUUGACGACGACCUUAAGGAAUACGACUUGGAACAUUACGACGACGAUGAACAGGACGGUGAGGGUGAUACAAUGGCAAUGUUUGGGAACAUUAAGAACCUGGCAUUCCAUGAAUCGAAUGAGGAUGAUCCAUACAUCACCAUGCAGGGGCAGGAUGAAGACGACGACGAGAGAGAAGAGCUUCAAAUACUCGCAACGGACAACCUUGUGCUGGCAGGAAGAAUCGAGGACGAGGUUGCUCAUCUUGAAGUAUACGUAUAUGAAGACGCAGCGGACAAUCUGUACGUUCACCAUGACAUUAUGCUCCCCGCAAUCCCUCUGGCUGUUGAGUGGCUAGACUUGCCGGUUGGGAAAUCAAGCGCAGAUAAAGACUCGAAAGGGAAUUUCGUGGCAGUGGGCACAAUGGAGCCAGACAUUGAGCUGUGGAACCUGGACAUUGUCGAUGGCAUGUAUCCAGAUGCAAUUCUCGGGCAAGGUGCAGAAGACGCAGCAACCGCCGAGAAGCCUAAAAAGAAGAAGAAGAAAUCUAAGAAAGCGAACGAAGAAUAUCAUGUCGAUGCCGUUCUCUCUCUUGCUGCCAACCGUCAGCAUAGAAAUCUGCUAGCGUCCUCAUCGGCCGACAAGUCGAUCAAGCUUUGGGACCUGAACACCACAAAAUGCGCCAAGUCCUAUUCGUAUCAUACAGACAAGGUCUGCUCGGUCGCAUGGCAUCCAAAAGAGUCCACCGUUUUACUCAGUGGUAGCUACGAUCGAACAGUGGUGGUAGCCGAUAUGCGUGCUCCCGAGGCAAAGGCACCACGAUGGGGAGUGGAGAGUGAUGUCGAAACUGUUCGAUGGGACCCUCAUGAUCCGAAUUUCUUCUACGUCUCAACUGAAAACGGCGUGAUCCAUUACCACGAUGCUCGCCUAGCACCUACAGACCCGUCUGGCUCAAAGCCUGUGUGGAUUUUACAAGCGCAUGACGAGUCCAUAUCCUCCUUUGACACCAACCCAGUAAUUCCCGGAUUCUUAGUUACAGGCUCUACAGAUAAGCAAGUAAAGUUGUGGAAUAUUCAAUCUAGUGGACCAAGCAUGGUUGUGUCGCGGGAUCUUGGCGUUGGUAAAGUAUUCUCCACCACAUUCGCCCCAGACCAAGAAGUAGGGUUUAGGCUAGCCGUUGCUGGAAGUAAAGGCGCCGUACAGAUCUGGGACACAAGUACCAACGCAGCUGUUCGGACAGCCUUCGCCAACAAAGUCCCUGACGCAAAAGAAAAUGUCAAGGAGCGAUUUGUUGUAUUGGAAGAGGCCGACACCGAUUCAGAUUCCGAAGAGGGCGACGAUCAAGAAAGUGGAAGGGAAAACAACGGGGAGGGGUGGGAGUCGAUGGAAGAGUGAAGCAAAG